CGAAGCUUAAAUUUGUUUGUGUUGUAUAUGGUUUUGAUUCUUGACAAUGUUCACCCAAAGUUAUCCCUAUUGGAAUCUUGUGGACUAGGAAAAAUAUAUUAUGGGAAAUAAUUUGUCUUUUCCUUGACAGCCGGUAAAGAAUGUUAAGAGAUAGCUAUGAAUAGUUGGCGGUAUUGGUAUCCUAUGCCAAAAUAUGUGUAGUGAAUUUAUCUAUGUCUAUGUUUUUAUGUCAUCUGCAGAUAUUGGUUUUAUAGCUUGGGGAGUCUCUGUUGCAAAAUUACUGAAAUUGUGGUUUUCUCCAAAGCUGAAAACAUUAUUUCAUUUACCAGCGGACCCUGCCCUCACAACUUAUAAAACAUCUCAUCAGAUUCAUCGCGUUAUGGCUUCCUCAGUGGCAGGGGAAAGAACUAGUUUCUCAACAAAAUAUGUAUCUGUGAAUGACCCUGUUGUUUCUGUUGAUUGGCUCCGUGCUAACAUCAAGGACCCUAACUUGGAGGUUGGUCCAAUUACAUUUGAGACAAAGUUUCAGCCACAUCUUGUGUGGACACUUGACCAGGUUCAAAGUAACAUCGAGAACAAGACACACCAACUUAUAGAUGCUCAAUCAAAACCCAGGUUUGAUGGAGCUGUUGCAGAACCUCUAAAGGGUAUAAGUGGUCAUGUUCCUGGAAGCAAAUGUGUUCCUUUUGCACAGGUUUUGGAUGCAUCUCAGUCACUCUUACCGGCGGCAGAUGAACUGAAAAAAUGGUUCGAUCAAGAAGCAACAAAAAAGUUGCAUGCUUUGAUUGUCAAGACACAACUCUCGUGUGACCCAUUUUAUGCCACUCAAAUGGUUAGAUUGUAUGCCAUUCACGGGGACCUUUGUUCUGCUCGUUACGUGUUUGAGAAAAGUCCCAACCGAAGUGUUUACCUCUGGAAUUCCAUAAUUCGAGCUCACGCUCAAGCCCACAGAUUUUCUGAGACUUUUUCUCUGUUGAGAAGUAUGUUGACGACUGAUAUUGAACCUGAUGGCUUUACAUAUGCUUGUGUGGUACGUUCAUGCUCUGAGAGAUUUGAUAUGUAUGGAGUCAAGCUUAUCCAUGCAGUUGCCGUGGUUUCUGGCUUAGGAUUCGACUCAAUCUGUAGUAGUGCACUUGUGACAGCUUAUUCAAAGCUAAAGUUUGUUGACGAAGCCAGCAAGGUGUUUUAUAGAAUACCCGAGCCAGAUUUGGUGCUGUGGAAUACCAUGAUUUCUGCUUAUGGGAAUUGUGGAUUAUGGUACAAAGGGCUAGAACUCUUCCAUAAGAUGCAAAUUAUGGGUAGGCAGCCAGAUGGGUAUACAUUUGUUGGUUUGCUAUUGAGCUUGGCAGACUCAAGCAUUGGCCAAGGGAUACAUGGGUUUUGUUUGAAACAUAGUUUUGACUCUAAUGUUCAUGUAGGUAGUGCACUUGUGAGCAUGUACUCCAGAUGCAAAUCAAUGGAUUUUGCAUAUAAAGUUUUUAGCGGAAUAUUACAACCUGAUUUAGUUACGUGGUCUGCUUUGAUUAGUGGAUAUUCUCAGUCUGGACAACAUGAAAAUGCACAUAUUUACUUUAAGAAAUUUACUUUGUCAGGUAAGAAGGCAGAUUCCAUAUUGACUGCCAGUGUUUUAGCAGCUACUGCUGAGAUGGUAGAUGUGAAUCGCGGUAGUGAAAUUCAUGCUUAUGCUCUUAAACAAGGACUUGAUACAGAUGUCAUGGUUUGCUGUGCCCUCAUAGACAUGUACUCAAAGUGCGGUUUCCUGGGCUUGGGAAUUCAGGUUUUUGAGAUUAUGCCAGAAAGGAAUAUCGUUUCAUACAAUGCAUUGAUGUUAGGCUAUGGCUUGCAUGGACUUGCCUCCCAGGCCUUUAGAAAAUUCCAAGAGAUUUUGGAUAAUGGAUUAAUCCCUGAUGAAUGCACUUUCUCUGCUCUGCUUUGCUCUUGCUGCCAUGCUGGACUUGUUGAAGAUGGGAAACACUUUUUCAGAAUAAUGAAAGACAAAUUUUGCAUUCAAGCCAGAGCUGAACAUUAUGUUUACAUGGUGAGACUUCUUGGGAUGAAUGGAGAGUUGGAAGAGGCUUACUAUCUGAUACAAUCUUUGCCAGAACCAGUAGACCAUGGCAUUUGGGGAGCACUCUUAUCAUGCUGUGAUGCUUGUGGAAAUUCCAGGCUAGCAGAAAUUAUAGGACAACAAUUGAUAGAAAAUAACUCUGAAAGUCGUUCUUACAAAGUGAUGCUUUCAAACAUUUAUGCUGGUAAUGGGAGGUGGGAUGAUGCAAGGGAGCUAAGAGACUACAAAAGUGAAAGCCAAAUGUCAAAGAUGCCGGGGCUUAGCUGGUUUGCAGGCUAUUGAUUAAUUGAGAAGUUAGAUCAAUAAAUUUUUAUGCCAUGUUUUCAGAAUCUCGUGAAUACAAUACAGGUGUUCGUUUUGUUCAUACAGACACACAUACCAUUACCAAGUCUUUCUUUGGCUCGAAAAAUAUACCAGGUCAGUUGACGUUGUUGAGUUGUUCUUUAAGUACAAUCAAAAUUAUGAGAACCCUCACUGAGAAAUAAUCUGAUCUGCAUUACCUCAUCUAUAUUUGAAGCAACACAGUGUAGACUUGUUGAUUAAAUUAGAGAGAAAAGAAGAAACUAGUGAGUUGAACUCUGUGUGAGAUAUCAGUAUCAAAAGACAUCAAUAUAGUAAACUUUUACUAUUGUUAUUACUACUACAAUUGGCAUCUUUCUCUCUCAUACAACCAGCCACCAUAUGACAG